CUUAAAGAAAAGCAGUGUGAACUGAGAAGCGUCGAGAGAUCGAGAGAGAGAGAGAGAGAGAGCGCGAGCGAACGAGAGAGAUGAGCGUGUCAACCGCGGCGUACCUAGCGAGGAGAGCAGCACAGAAGGAGAGAGUUCAGAUCCUCUAUCGUCGAGCUCUGAGAGACACUCUCACCUGGGCCGUCCACCGCCACCUCUUCUAUCAAGAUGCUUCGAACCUCCGCGAGAAGUUCGACGCCAACAAGCAUGUGGAGGAUCUGGACGCUAUUGAUAGAAUGAUUGCUGAAGGUGAGGCACAGUAUAAUAAGUGGCGGCACCCUGAUCCUUAUAUUGAAGCAAAAGCUGCGUAUCUUGUCUAUAUGGUCCUAAGCAAAUGCUGAACUAUUGAAGUCAUGAAGAUAUCCCAAAAAGAGCAAAAUAGGGGGCCAGAUAUAUGCUGGGUGUACUCCCUUGAACUUGUUACUCCUCUUUUGGAUGGUUUUCUAGGACUUAGUUGGAGUCUGGCCAGGUUGCUUUCCCAUUACCCUUUGCCAUUAUCAGGUUUUCAGGCAAGCAAGAAUCAGAUAAAUUGAAGAGGAAUACUCUGUAUCAGCUUUAAUGACUUUUCAAUUUUUGUCAACUUGGCAUGGGGAGGUGUUUUCUGAAAUGACAUUAAUUGAAUUUAUUUGGCACUGGACCACCAGAAUAUUAAGGACAGAAUCACUGAUUACCCAAGUAUAUGUUUAUUUCCUUAUGCUUAUUGUUAAAAUUUGUUGCAAUGUUGCCAUAUUGCUCUCAGUAAGGGGCAUUGUCUGGUUAAAUUGUAAGAGCCUUUAUGAGGUUGUAGGUUUUAGGCCCCAAAUCACUUACUUCUUGCUGCAAAAUUUUGAAAAUUCCUGUUAGAAAAUUAACUAUGUAGCAAACACAUGCAUUAAGAUGCGCGCGCGCGCAAACACACACAC